GACUCCAUUUUCCAGUCCCAAAGUCUCCAAGGAAGGAGCCGUGGGAGCGCACUGCCAAGAUGGACUAGCAGCGCGCCAGCCUUUUCUUUCCUCAGCGUCGCCCUUCCGUCUCGGGCGGCCGAAGCCGGAGCGCUCGCCCGUCCGCCCGCCGCCGGGGCUCGCUCGCUCGCUCGCCCGCCGCCCGCCCGCCAGCCAGCCCCGAUCGCUUCCCUCGAUCGCUCGCUCGCGGCUCGGCGUGGACGCGCGGGAGAGUGGGGGUGUGUGUGGGGGGGAUCCCUUCGCCGAGCAUGGAUGAUCCAGGCAGGCUGAUCCAAGCGCGGGGGGCGGUGGGGAUCGCGGGGCACCCCCCGGUCCAGGGGGUCCAAGCCAUGACCCCCCACGCUCUCCACGAGCCCCCUUCGGAUAACGGAGAGCCCCGGAAGCAAGAUAUCGGCGACAUCCUCCAGCAGAUUAUGACCAUCACGGAUCAAAGCUUGGACGAAGCGCAAGCGAAUUUCAACUGCAGGAAACACACGCUGAAUUGUCACCGCAUGAAACCGGCUCUCUUCACCGUUCUCUGCGAAAUCAAAGAAAAAACAGGGCUGAGCAUCCGGAGUUCGCAAGAGGAAGAGCCGGUCGACCCACAGCUGAUGCGCCUGGAUAACAUGCUCCUGGCCGAAGGGGUGGCCGGACCUGAAAAAGGGGGUGGUUCUGCAGCGGCGGCAGCAGCGGCAGCGGCGGCAGGAGGGGUAUCCCCUGACAACUCAAUAGAGCAUUCGGAUUACCGCAACAAGCUUUCGCAAAUCCGCCAGAUCUACCACUCGGAGCUGGAGAAGUACGAGCAGGCUUGCAAUGAGUUCACAACCCACGUGAUGAAUUUGCUUCGAGAGCAAAGCCGCACACGCCCGGUGUCGCCUAAGGAGAUUGAGCGCAUGGUCAGCAUCAUCCACCGGAAGUUCAGCUCUAUCCAGAUGCAGCUGAAGCAGAGCACGUGUGAAGCGGUCAUGAUCCUGCGUUCCCGCUUCCUGGAUGCCAGGCGGAAGCGACGCAAUUUCAGCAAGCAAGCCACCGAGGUCCUGAACGAAUAUUUCUACUCGCACCUGAGCAACCCGUAUCCCAGCGAGGAGGCCAAGGAGGAGCUUGCCAAGAAGUGCGGCAUCACCGUCUCGCAGGUCUCAAACUGGUUCGGGAACAAGCGCAUCCGUUAUAAGAAGAACAUCGGCAAGUUCCAAGAGGAAGCCAAUAUUUACGCCGUGAAAACGGCGGUCAGCGCCGCACAGAGUGGGGGCGACUCUCCCAACACCCCCUCCUCCGCGGGCUCCGGAGGCUCCUUCAAUCUUUCCAGUUCGGGCGAUAUGUUCAUGGGCCUUCAAGGGCUAAACGGAGACUCCUAUUCUACAUCACAGGUGGAGUCGAUGCGUCACUCCAUGGGGCCUGGUGGCUAUGGGGACAGUAUGGCUGCCAACCAGAUGUACAGCCCACGAGAAAUGAGGGCCAAUGGAGGCUGGCAGGAAGCAGCCACCCCAUCUUCUGUCACCUCCCCAACAGAAGGUCCCGGCAGUGUCCACUCUGACACCUCCAACUGAUCCUGCUGUGCUGGCCGUUCCCCUCCUCCCCCCUUUUGACCUUCGUCCCGAUGCCAGGGAAGAGAGAAAAACGCAGUUUUGAAUGGGCUGGGCAGAGACAGGACUCCUUUCAUUGCCUUAGGGUCACUGCAUCACCGUGCCGGGGAAGGGUGGGGGAGGGGAAUCUGAUGACCCGAUGAUCCUUGGGGGGGGGCAGAUCGUUUUGAGGUGCGCCCAUCGUCGGAUAGAAGACGGAGGUCCUUCUGUGAUCCUGAGUGAUGUCUUUGAUAACCAAGGCCUGACUCUUUAAGCAUCCUGGAGGGGGGAACCCAGCAUUAUUGGGCGGUGGGUGGGAACGGGUGGGCGAGGUGGGUGUCCCAAACGGCUUAUCAAUUUGCAGGGGUUAAGGGAUAGGCUACUGUGGUACCUGCAACCAAUGUCAUCGUCUGAUGGAUCUGGUUCAUAAGGUUAUACACGCCCCCCCCUCAAAAAAAAAGAUCUGUGACUGGCAGUGUGGACGGAUCUCUUGUAAGAGAAAGCGCAACGAAAGCUUGCUGGACGGGGCUCGUGUUGGCAUCUCUCCGUGAUGGGAUGAUUCCAAAGGGAUAGACCGGUGCCUUCCUGUACCAGUUCAACCAGGUGAAAUCGUGGGCGAUCCGGAUCCUGUCCCAGACCAAGAUGGCGCUUCCUUCAUAGGUUGUAAUCAAGGAUAAUCAUUUCUCCUACGGGCUAUUUCUGAAGACAAGAAGUGCUCUUUUCACUCCUCUCUUGCAAGCGGGGUUGUGUGGAGUCAUGAGGCUACCCUUCUUGGACCGAACCACCCAACAUGCCUCUCCGUCUAUCAGUAUGUUUUCCUGCGUCUGAAGACCUAAAAAGUUGGGAGUUCAGAAAGCAGCUGUUUCUCAGGCAGAUCUCCUUCAAGAAAACAUGUGGGAAGCCAAGGUGUCGAGUAAUGUUGGUAAGGAGGUUAGAGACAAGACUUACCUUUAUCCAAAGGUAGUGGUAGAAUUCCAUUAGAGGAGCAGUCCCCAACCUGCUCUUGUUGGGGGGGAGAGGGGAACUGGCUGUUUGUGCAAGUUGAACUGCACACACACGUGUGCUCCAGCCAGCCGCUCACGUGGCCUGAUGCCAAACAGGCUGCGGCCUAGUAGUAGGCCGUGGCCAGAGGUUUGGGGACCCCUGCAUUAGAGCAGUUAAAGGUCUUUAGGAAGGAGAACUAGUGUUAAGCACAACAUUAGGGAGAAGUGGAUUUUCUAGAACAGAGUUUUUCAAACUACAUUGAGUGGAACCCUAUAAGACGCCAUGAGAAUUUGAUGGGGUUCCAUAAAGGGGGGGGGGAUAAUAAUAAUAAUAAUAGAAUAACAGAGUUGUAAGAGAUCUUGGAGAUCUUCUAG